AUGUCGACCCAGCCGCAGACACCCUUACCCCAGGUCGGGAAGCUUGUCAGUGUGGUUCCCGUGGGGUUAAAAGAGGCUGCCCUCGACUCGCCCACCUUCCGUGCCACCACUCUUCACUUCUCUGAUCAGAUCGAAUACACCGAACGAUGGCUCGAUGGUUACGCGAAGGCCGCAUCCCGUCUCGCCACGGAGCUCGCGGCAUUGGAGGGGAUAGUUGGCGCAUUUCUCUCCUACUCUACGAAUCCUCUAAUGGUCUCGGAGGCUAUUCUGGAUCAUGACUAUACGCUGUCGUCAAUGCGGAGAUGUGGUGAGAGUUCGAAGGACAUGUGGAAUGGUCUGGUCUUUGCAGCACGAAAAAUAGAGAACAUUGUCUCAGAACCCAUCAGGAUCUUCAUUCAAGAGGACUUGCGGAGCUUCAAGGAGAACCGGCGUAUCCUUGACCAGACACAGAAACAGUACGACACCUUGCAAGCAAGAUACUCGUCUCAAUCUAAGUCCAAGGAGCCUUCGGCUCUCAGAGAGGAUGCAUUUCAACUUCAUGAGGCCCGCAAAGCUUACCUUAAGGCGUCAAUGGAUUUUUCUGUGCAGGCGCCACAGAUUCGGAAUGCACUGGACCGGCUUCUGAUUCGUGUCUCUUUCGAUCAAUGGAGGGAGCUGAAGACACUUCACAGUAACCAUGCGGGAGUAUUUGCGAAGUGGAGCCAGGAAAUGGACCGCAUUAAGGGCUGGGUGCAUGAAAUGGAAGGGAGCGAGAGAUACUCUAAACGGGAGCUUUUUUCCGCUCGAAGCCAGAUUGAGGACGCCGCAGAGGUCGCUGCUCGGCCAUCGCGGGAAUUGGAAGACUAUUCUGUAUCCACAGUCCCAUAUCUCGGCUCUCGUCCGUUGUCGUUCAACACGAAAGAUGCACGCCCUGAGAAGCAAGGGUGGGUUAAUUUACGCACGGUGUCAAGCAGACCAACUCGCACUACUUGGGUCAGGCGUUGGGCUUUCUUGAAGAACGGAAUAUUUGGUUGCCUAGUGCAGGGCAUGCGGACGGGCGCUGUCGAAGAAACCGAGAGGAUCGGAGUGCUGCUUUGCAGUAUUCGCCCGGCAUUCCAGGAAGAGAGGAGGUUCUGUUUUGAGGUAAAGACGAAGAGCAACAACAUAAUGCUUCAAGCAGAAACUCAGAAGGAGCUCAUGGACUGGAUUUCCGCGUUCGAGGCCGCGAAGCGGAAGGCAUUGGAGAAUCCGGCGAGCACCGAUGUUUCAGUUUCUGGAAAACCUACUGUUCAAGAUCCCGCAUUCGCUAUUUCUCAGCCACCGGCACCUGAGUUUGCCGCCGAUCCCACAGACUAUUUGACGCCAAAUGUAAGCGAUGAGCAAAUCUCAUCGGAUCGCAAUGGCAUGCUUCCCCUUCCUGACCGGGACCCAUCCACUUUUCGCAACAGCAGUGACCUCGGUGGCCACAGGCGACUGACACUUGACCCUGAAAGCCCUGCGAAGGACCACACUUCACGACUUAUCCAAAAGCUCGAUUUACACCGACGGUCUAAUAAUGCAGUUCAAUCUUCUACUUCUAUACCCGGUGCUGGAGGUGGCAUAAGCAGCCUUAUCUCUGCCAGUCACAGUGCUAUCUUGUCGGCCGAGAUUGAUACGAAUAAGUUACUACCCCCGUCGACCCUUACGCCCAUGACGUUGGCAAAUCCACCAGCCCCAACAAAUCUGAGCAAGGCGACUGUACUUGUGAGCAACGAGAGGGGGUUGGGGGUAGGCCUUGGUGACAGGACAGGCGGUAUGCCUAGCGGCAUGAUGGCAAAUCUGUGGGGAAGCUCGAAUUGGGGCUUUAUGAAUAAGCUUGAACUUGAGUAUGCUGGUGUUUCAGAAGAAAAAAUACAAAACCAGGAGCCAGGAACCGCAGAUCUCGACACAACAGGUGGCUCAGCUGGUAGUAAAUUGAAAGCGCGUCAUAGACCAACUGUGAGCUUGGAUGGUGACGCUUCUAAAGUGCAGCGGGCGAUCCUUGGGAUUGCGCAUGAGUACCCCGACUAUUAUCCUCCCCAGCUGAAGAUACAAGACGCUCAGUUUCGACUCCUCUUCCCUAACGUUAAGAAGGAGGAGCCCCUGGUCCUGGUGUUCCGAGCGACCUGGAACCCCAACGACCAACAAGAGUUUCCUGGUCGAGCUUAUGUUACUACGCGGAACAUUUACUUUUACAGCCACUACUUCGGCUUGGUACUUACUACGAGUGUUUCUCUGGAGAAGAUCAAGGAAGUCACUGGGGCUCCUGGAAGAGACUGUGACUUCCUCUUCCUACAUACCAUUCCCCCCCCUGGGAAUGACACCCCCGGUCGAAUCACGGUGAAAACUUUUCUGGAGCCGCUCAAGGUUCUACAAAAGCGGUUAAACUUCUUGAUCCACGAUUCCACAGCUGUUGAACCUAUGGAGCUAGAAGCCAUUUUCAAGACACUAAACAAGAUGGCGACAGAGCAGUUCACACGAACACCCAGCCUGGACAGCUGGGAGGACGUUACUGUGGGAGAUAAAACAUGCGAAGCCGAGGAUACCAAGAAGGCUACUCUCCAAUCAGCAAUAUACAUUGACAAGAACUUGGAUUUGAACAGGGCUAGAGCUGGUAGUGACGCCCCCAAGUUCAGGCUUCCUAACCAACCCGUGCAACAUCAAACAAGGCCCAUGGGUCGGACUGAUGUGAAAGCGAUAUCGGACUACCAGUUAAUUGAUGUCCUCAAUGACCAUCUGUGCUAUGUGAUUACGGACAAAAGAACUCCGUGGCACCUUCCUUUCAGGCGUAAUUUCAGGCUAGUCAAUAAGAUUGUGAUCACGUUCGUUGCGAAAGGGAAGUGCAAGCUUUCCGUUUACACCAAAGUGGAAUGGCUAUGGUCCCCUUACGGAAUCCAACGGGUGAUUAACAAACAGGCUAUGGGCGACUUGGAAGAAGAUGCGAUGGACCUUGUCGACCUCGUUGGGGAUCAGGUGCGCAAGCUCGGUGUGCACAGCCGAACCAAGAAAGCAAUCACUAUCUUCGGCCAUGUUGGACGACAGGCUCUAACAUCGCAGUUCAAUAUUGGCCCGGAUGCAAAGGUGGAGCGCCGCAGACCACGCACUCAAAGAACGCUUUUCCAGAUGCUUUACGAGACCUUCGUAUCGUUCUUCCAGAGCGCUAUUUCAUCCAUAAUUAUUUGGAUAUUUGGCUCUUUACGCUGGGUUUUCAAGACUGCGAACGCCAAUAAGAUCAUAAUUGCGCUCCUUGCAUCCAGUGUCUUGUUGAACGGUUUCUAUUCGACGCGGGCCACAGCCGACUGGUGGCACGAACGAAAUGUUGAGAACUUCAUGGCUCGUAUGGGGAUUCACCCAGACCAGGUUAUGACCAAAGCUAUCUACAUGCGUGACAUCGACGAGGAAAUCGCCAACUCGACUGUGGGACAAAGUGACAACGUUAGUGAUUGUUUCUAUACAUUCCAGCAGCAGACCAUACGGGAUUCUUCUGUGCCGGUGUCGCUCAGUACAUCCAGCAGAGAGGCGGUAGCCCGAGGUGCAACUAGAAGGAUACAGCAAACUCGCGAACGUCUCGGCGUUUAUCGAUACAACCUCCUUGUUGCUCUUCGGGUGGUUAACAGCAUCGAAAAAGAAGUUCUCCAGAGUGAGUGGGAACGCUGGCUACAGCAAGAGCUGCGGCGCUGCCGCCAGGUUGAAAACCUGCUCACGGCGGACGGCGAUGACGAGAGCGGGACAGAGGGAAGCCAGACUGUGCUGAGAGGACUCGACGGCGACGUAAGGCAGUGGUAUGAGACGUAUUGCUCGAGCUGCCAGAAGGAGCAAGAGCGAUUUGUCACGGAGGCUCAAACCUGACUGGAGGACCCGCGGCAAUGCAAUGACUUCAUCUUGAAAUAAUACCCGCUUAGGACAGCCAGAUUGUCCGUUUGUUGAAG